AUGGUGCUGCUGACUAACGGGAAAGUUGAGAAUGGGGGGCCUAUCACCAACAUCAAGGAUGUAGCUGUUAUAGGCGCUGGUAUAAGUGGUGUCGUCUCAGCGGCUCACCUUCUCCGGGCUGGGUUCAAUGUCACCGUAUUCGAGCGGACCGGCGCGGUCGGUGGAGUUUGGGGCUACGAACCUCAGCCGGACAGAGAUCCGCCGUUCCCCAAUGUUAGACCACCGACUCCGAAUUGGUCGGAAGUGGAGAAGCAAGGGCUAUCGUCGGACGAAGUCGAGUUAAUACACGGUCCCCCUAAUCCAUGUUAUGCUGGUCUUAAGAACAACAUUCCCACGCCGGUUAUGCGAAGUAGUCUAUUACGCUGGCCGGAAGGGAGCGAGGACUUUGUCGAUCAAGCGGUAGUCCACCAAUACAUUCAAGACAUUGCUCGCCGCCAUAACGUUUACGAUGUGAUACUUCCUCACACCCGAGUAGAGAGUGUAUCGAAACCAGAGGGUGAUACGCAAUGGGGCGUUUCGACGAGCACAUUUACAAGGACCCAGUCCGGCCAUAAGUUGACGAAGAAGAACUGGAAGUUCGACGGGGUUGUGGUAGCGAGUGGACACUACCAUGUACCGUGCGUGCCCGAUGUCCCGGGAUUAGCUACGUGGAAGCAGCGGUUCCCGGAUAGGGUCACGCAUUCAAAGCAAUAUCGGACACCUGCUCCUUUCAGUAACCAGACCGUGCUCAUAAUCGGCGCGGGAGUCUCGGCCUUGGACAUCGCCAAGGAAACCGUGGUGCUGGGAGCGAAGAUAAUACAGAGUAACCGGCAGAGCAAAUAUGACAUCCUGUCAUCACGCUUACCUGAUGGUAUCGAAAGAGUUCCGAUGGUUGCCAAAUUCAUCGUUGAUGAAACAGCUGGCGAUAGCAACUCCCAGACACUAGAGUCUGAUCGCCACAUACCUGGAAAGGUCAUUUUAGAAGACGGAAGAGUGCUUGAGUGCAUCGACCGUGUCGUUGUGGCAACGGGAUACAUUACCUCUUACCCCUUUCUGGGAGACCUGGAGCAGCCUCACGUUCCCUGGGAAGAGGCCGACGAGAAAGUAGUCAUCACAUCUGAUGGCUACAUCACGCACAAUCUGCACAAGGAUGUCUUCUACAUCCCAGACCCCACAUUGUCAUUUGUGGGCGUCUCCCACCUCGUGUCGACAUUUUCGCUGUUUGACUUCCAAGCACAGGUCGUGGCGAAGGUGUUUGCGGGACAAGUACAGCUUCCACCGCGAUCGGUGAUGCAAGAGGAGCAUCGGGAGAGGAAAUUGAAAUUCCAGCCUGGGGAGAGAUUCCACAGUCUGUUUGGGGCGGAAGAUGCGUAUAUAGACAAAGUGUUGAGAUGGGUGAAUGCAGAUCUGGUAAAGGCUGGUUUAGAACCACUGCCGGGGAUGGAUGAGGAAUGGAAGGUUAAUUACAAGGUGGUCCAAGAGAGGAUUAAGAGCACUCAUGUUCUUACUUGA